UCCUUUAUACAUUGUGACAAAGGAUCAAAGUCUUCUGCAUCAAUUUUAACCUAACUGUUUACAGCUUUAAAAACCAUGUAAGCAGGGUUGUGAAAUAUUAAGUUUUACAAGUACCAAACGCAGUAGAUUUUUUGAUGAAGGAAACAUUAAAACUUUGUAAUUCAUCGUUUAUUUAAUGCAGAAAACACGUUUUAGAGACCAUUAUGGGUUAUUUUAAUAUUUAAGGAAACAUUUAUGGGUGUCAUUGAUUUUUAUUUUCCUAUAUAUUUUUGUAUGUUUAAAACUUUCAACGAUGUUGAACAACACACAACGUAUUUGAACAACAAUUCAAACAAAGCUUUUCACAUUGAGGAAUAAAUCAUCGGAGUCGUUGUUUAGGCAUCAUUGACGCGUCUUCAGUUUCACUGACAGAAUGAGCAGACCUGCACGUUACAUAACAACUUUACAGGUACCAUAACUUUACAGACACAUUGUUUUUAAAGAUGUCCGAUGAAGCAGGGAUAAAGCAUCAUAUUGCGCAGCCUGUAGAUGCUGGUCUGAUUGCACUGUUUGGUGGGGUGAUUUUGCUGAUCUUCAACGUAACAUGUGCCUGUAUAUUUUACGGGAAAUGGAAGAAAAGAUGGCACAGGUCUCGCUUUGAGUCUUUAUUGCAAGGACGUUCUGCAUAUCUGAGUAGAAGCAAAUCUUCACCAAUCAGCGUUAAAUCUAAGUAUGAUAGGCUCCAAAAGAGUAUGAGCACUCGCUUUAGAAUUCGAUCGAUAAGAAAAAGUAAAAGAUUUGCAAACAGCAGGCAAAGACGGCAUGAGGAGACCUGUUUGCAAUAUAAGCAGCAGAGUGGGUCUACAAUAAAGAGUAUACUAGUUCAAAACCCCAGAAAUCCUGGCAAAGAGACACAACCCAAGAAAAAAGUUACUGUUAUGGAAGAGAUGUGUUCGAACACGGAAGUUCAUUGCUUGUCCGAAAUUUCUCAUGAUUCCAAUGUAGUAAAGAAAUCACUGCGUCCUGCUGCUUCUGUACGAAAUACGACAACGGUAGGAAACCCGAACAAGAGCGAACAUCCCCCAGCUGGCAACCGAAAACUUCGCUGGUCAGCGGGAAGACGUAGAAACCACAUUCCUCUACAAGACUCUGAAAUACAAAACUAUGGAAGUAAAGCGAUGAACGAAAACCACCACACUGAAUCUGAUGAGUCCGCAUCAAUAAAACAUCUUAUGAAUUCAGGCGCGGAUCCAACUUCUGAGAACAAAAUAUGCACACUCAGCACUCUGUUUAUUACUCAUUCGAAUGAUGUAUUGAAAGCUUUGUCACGAUUGGAGAUAAACGAGACCAACUGAAUUGUCUGCAAUUGAUCCACCAUCUUGAUUCUAGUAUUGUACUGUUCAUCAUUCCACAUAGGAACAUGGUUUAUUGAUUGAAGAACGAGUCAUAAAUGCCAGUAAUGCUAGAUUGCAGCAGUUAUUCAUCUUGGUUAAUGAAACAUUAAAACCAUUGACCUUAUAUUUAAAAAUAACACGCCAGUCUAUUAUUGGAAACUGGUGAUUUCCUUUUAGAUUUCGAGGUCGGCCGUUUCAGCAGCAAAAGUGCUAUACCUCUUUAUUGUAUAUAUAUCGAAUGAGAAAAAAAAUGAAUGUGGGAAUGCACACUUCCCAUUUAAUUUAUUUUUAGUGAUUGAACAUCUAUGAAAUUGAUCACUGUUCGUUAUCUUCAACUUUGGCACUUGUGUAUGUAUAUCGAUUGUGGGCUGGUUGCAUCAAUACGGAAUAUCAAAAGUAUAGAAUUUUU